CGCAAGGCCCAUCUGUUUGCAGGCGAAUGCCAUGGGGCUAGCUAGAGAUUCUACAAACCCAGCAAAACAUGAACCAGCAUAGAUAGCUAGCUUUGAAUGAAAACUCACUUUAUAUAGAAACGUCCGUUCACUGUGCCUUGCUCCGCAGAAAAGUAAUUAUUAAACUACAGAAGCAGGCGUAUCGGUUUGCUUGCAAAAACAAUCACAACACACGUUCAGCUAGCUAGUUAGCCUGCUAACAACUUUCUCCUGCACGCCUCCCAGUUCCUGCACCACGAGCGUGAGGUAUGGUUAAUUGUUGAACAUUGGGGUAUGUUGUGAGAGUGGGAAAACUAUUAAAAUGCAAUUUUAUCGUAAUGGAUCAAUGUACCAUAUAAUGCUGCAUUGUCAAGUUUGGUAGCAAAGUGUUUUCACAAAUCACUGGUGUACCACGAAACAAUGCUAGCUAGCUGCUUGCUAAAAACGUCGUUAGUGUAGUUCAAAGGCCUUGCUAGACAUCGGGGUCGAGUAGCGGAGUGAUCCGACUUGCAGUUCCAUGUUAUGCUAGCUAGCAUUUAGCACCUACAUAGCUAUGCUGAAUGCUACAUUUUUGCAUAGAUCUCCAGUUAGAUGGCUGGCUAGUUAGCUAACUAGCUAGAUAGAUGCUAAAUUAGAACAUCUAUCUAGCCACUGUAAAUAUAACUAUGUUGAAAAUCUAUAACCAUUCAAUAGAAUGCCAUGUUUUGUGGGGUUUGUUGUUGAAAACGGGCAAUGCUGUUUAUUUUCUGUUACCACUUAUUCCCCUUUUGACAGCUUAUGCUAGCUAACAUGCUAGGCUAGCAGGUGCAGUGAUUUCAGACAUUAUUGUUUAUGAACUGCAUAAAUACCAUGCAGGGAAAUGUAAUAAACUUCCAACAAGCUAGGUUGUUAUUUGAUUACCUGGAAUAAUAUUGAGAACUCAGCAAUUAUUGCUGCUACAAGAUAAAAAGCUUACUGUCAGCAUCUUCUCCAUUUUAGUUAGUGAUAAAUAUAUCCAGCAUAUAUCACAGAGCAAGCAGCAGGGACGUGGUUUCCAGAGCACAGAUGUUGAAUUUACACAUUGCUGUUGUCUCUAUCUCCAAGGCAAUCAUGUCAGGCAUCAAGAGGAAGAUUGAAGACAAGGACCCAGACUAUGAGGACAUCUCACAGGUUCAGGAGAACAAACGACACAAAGUAGUGGAACAAAAUGGUAAGACUAGAAGUUCUACUACACAUGUUAUUGUACUAUCAACGCCUUCCUGUACUUGUGCACUUAGGCUGUAUGGACAAUUACUGGUUCACGGUAUCUUUAGGAUGAUGCUAACAUGUGACCUAGCUCACUCCGUCUGUGUUUUCUCAUACUUUUUCAAACUUGCCAGCGAGGGAAGCUACGGUGCAGAAGAUUGAGGCCAUCAUCAAAGACCAGUUCUCUUUGGAGAUGAAGAACAAAGAACAUGAGAUCGAAGUGAUCGGACAGGUAACUGUUAACCUCAUCUACUGAAUGAGUAUCAUAUCACCAUACAUGAGUCAUAUCAGAACCAUGAGUGGACAAAAGUACGAACACCUUAAAUGCAUGCAAAGACAAACACUCUGUUUUCAUGUUUAUUACCUUUAAUUGUGUGUAAUUACAAUAUACAAUAUAGAGCUGGGACGAUAAACCAACAACUACCGACGUCACCUUCCUCUUACCGAAGCAUUUAGCUUACAUCUGUAAUUUUUGGUGAUUUUGCUACACAACGUUCCUAUAGAUGGUUCCAAAACCAUUAUUUGUUCAACAGUAAUAGCCUAUGCAUUAUGUGGAUUCCUGCUAUGAAAUUAUCUGCCUGUCCCUGUUUCGGUUUUGGCUGCUGUGUGUGCGAGCCACUCUCACUCCCUCUCCCCACUGUGCUCAAAAUGCAAUUGCGGGAAAAAUACAGUUUUCAAGGCAACUGCAGUUCUACUUACAGAAAGUAGAGUCACAGCUUUCUGUUAGUAUAUAAUGUAUUUCUCACCUCUUAAUAUUGGCACAGGGUUGGGCGAUGUCAACUUUUGACCUAUCGUGAUUAUGUACCCAUAAAACAUUGUGAUUAAUAACAUUGGACUUAUAUAGUGCUUUUCAAAGACCUAAAGUCACUUUACAAGGACCCAGUCAAAACAAAACAUCAGACUAAACAAGACAUGAAUAAAGAGAGGGGUGGGCUCAAAGAAGGGAAAGAGUGUGAUGUAUCAGUGUAUGGGGAUGGUUGGGAUUUAGAUACGAACCCGGUUUAGGGUAAGGGGUGGGAUUGGGGUUAGGAUACGAACCCGGUUUAGGGUAAGGGGUAGGGUAAGGGUUUGGUUUAGGUGCUGCUCUGUAUGGUGAAGUGAGGAGUGUAUUUUGGUGGGGGCUUAAGGGUAUACGGUGCAUUCGGAAAGUAUUCAGACCCCUUGACUUUUUCCACAUUUUGUUACGUUACAGGCUUAUUCUAAAAUGGAUUAAAUAAAACAUUUUUUUCAUCAAUCUACACACAAUAACCCAUAAUGACAAAGCGAAAACAGGUUUUAGAAUUCUUUGCAAAUCUAUAUAGCAUAUUUAUUGAAAUAGGCUACAGCAAAUAGGAAUAGGUAAAUUACUCAGAAUGUCACUUGUGUGCUGCCCUGCUGUGCUCUGUGAGACUCAUAUAGAAAGUAAUACCCAAUGAGUAACGAUAUCUUUGCUAAAUGCACGGGGCACCAGUACCGAGUUGAUGUGUAGGUGUAUGAGGUAAUUAAGGUAUAUAUGUACAUAUACACUACCAGUCAAAAGUUUGGACACACCUACUCAUUCAAAGGUUUUUCUUUAUUUUUACAAUUUUUUACAUUGUAGAAUAGUAGUGAAGACAUCAAAACUAUGAAAUAACACAGAUGGAAUCAUUUAGUAACCCAAAAAGUGUUAAACAAAUCAAAAUAUAUUUUAUAUUUGAGAUUCUUCAAAUAGCCACCCUUUGCCUUUAUCAGCUUUGCACACUCUUGGCAUUCUCUCAGCCAGCUUCAUAAGGUAGUCACCUUGAAUGCAUUUCAAUUAACAGGUGUUCCUUGUUAAAAGUUAAUUUGUGGAAUUUAUUUCCGUCUUAAUGCAUUUGAGCCAAUCAGUUGUGUUGUGACAAGGUAGGGUCGGUAUACAGAAGAUAGACCUAUUUGGUAAAAGACCAAGUCCAUAUUAUGGCAAGAACAGGUCAAAUAAGCAAAGAGAAACGACAGUCCAUCAUUACUUUAAGACAUGAAGUUCAGUCAAUACGGAAAAUGUCAAGAACUUUGAAAGUUUCUUCAAGUGCAGUCGCAAAAACCAUCAAGCGCUGUGAUGAAACUGGCUCUCAUGAGGACCGCCACAGGAAUGGAAGACCCAGAGUUACCAGCCAAAUUGCAGCCCAAAUAAAUGCUUCACAGAGUUCAAGUAACAGACACAUCUCAACAUCAACUGUUCAGAAGGGACUGUGUGAAUCAGGCCUUCAUGGUCUAAUUGCUGCAAAGAAACCACUACUAAAGGACACAAAUAAUAAGAAGAGACCUGCUUGGGCCAAGAAACACAAGCAAUAUACAUUAGACAGGUGGAAAUAUGUCCUUUGGUCUGGAGUCCAAAUUUGAGAUUUUUGGUUCAAACUGCUGUGUCUUUGUGAGAUGCGGUGUGGGUGAACGGAUGAUCUCCGCAUGUGUAGUUCCCACCAUAAAGCAUGGAGGAGGAGGUGUUAUGGUGUGGGGGUGCUUUGCUGGUGACACUGUCUAUGAUUUAUUUAGAAUUCAAGGCACACUUAACCAGCAUGGCUACCACAGCAUUCUGCAGCGAGAUGCCAUCCCAAGUGGUUUGGACUUAGUGGGAUUAUCAUUUGUUUUUCAACAGGACAAUGACCCAACACACCUCCAGGCUGUGUAAGGGCUAUUUUACCAAGAAGGAGAGUGAUGGAGUGCUGCAUCAGAUGACCUUACCUUCACAAUCCCCCGACCUCAACCCAAUUGAGAUGGUUUGGGAUGAGUUGGACCCAAGAGUGAAGUGCUCAGCAUAUGUGGGAACUCCUUCAAGAUUGUUGGAAAAGCAUUCCAGGUGAAGCUGGUUGAGAGAAUGCCAAGAGUGUGCAAAGCUGUCAUCAAGGCAAAGGGUGGCUAUUUGAAGAAUCUCAAAUAUAAAAUAUAUUUUGAUUUGUUUAACACUUUUCUGGUUACUACAUGUUUCCAUAUGUGUUAUUUCAUAGUUUUACAAUGUAGAAAAUAGUGAAAAAUUAAGAAAAACCGUUGAAUGAGUAGGUGUGUCCAAACUUUUGACUGGUGCUGUAGGUAGGGGUAAAGUGACUAGGCAACAGGAUAGAUAAUAAACAGUAGCAGCAGCAUAUGUGAUGAGUCAAAAUAGUUAGUGCAAAAAGGGUCAAUGCAGAUAGUCCGGCUAGCUAUUUGGUUAGCUAUUUAGGAGUCUAAUGGCUUGGGGGUACAAGCUUUUCAGGGUCCUGUUGGUUCCAGACUUGCAAUGCCGUAAGUUCAAAAUGUAGGCUAAACCAUCGCCAGUCACAUCACAAUGUCGUCGCUAUCGACAAUGGCUGUCAAUCAUUGUCAAUGAUGCUGUUAAUAGGCCUAUAUCAAUUAGCCUCGGCCUAGUGCUUGAAAGUUUUUGUAAGACAUUGCAUUUACUGAUAGCCAUGUAGUCUAAUUGAUUAAUCUAUCUAGCAACAAGAUCAUAUUUACAGUUAGCAAUCUAUCUAAAGAGUUCCCACUUCAUCAGGUGGAGAAUAAUAGUUAAGGCCAAUAUGCACAAAGAUGUCUGCAAAUUCAUCUCUGAAGAGCCAAAAACAGGUUGCACAUCAAAAUAUCAAUCAUGCUUUCCAUGGAUGUGUUAGAGAAAUAGUUUACCUUUUGAGUCAUAGGCUACCAUCUCAGUUGUCUUACUUGGUACUGGGAAAAAAUUGUCUACAGCCCUGCCGCUAAUGCAAAGUAGUAACUGUCCAUAAAAAAAAAAUGUUUGUUGUGUUUAUCGUUAUCGAGCAAAAUAGUUACAUUUAUUGCGUUAUGAAUUUUUGUCCAUAUCUUCCAGCUCUAAUACAAUACAACUUUAUUGUCCAUAUGUUACAAAGAACAAUGGAAAUUUGUCUUGUUCUCCGUUCUCAACCCCCUCAGACAGCACACAUCACACAUACAGUUGAGACGAGCACAGGGUCAAGCUGCAGUGCUGCGCCCCUGGAUGUAGAGCAUGUUGUGGGGUUAAAGGCCUUGCUCAAGGGCCCAACGAUCAAAUCAAAUUGUAUUUGCCACAUGCGCCGAAUACAACAUGUGUAGACCUUCCAGUGAAAUGCUUACUUACAAGCCCUUAACCAACAAUGCAGUUUUAAGAUAGGGGAAGGUCUUGAGGAUGUGAACCCAGCAGCCAUCCAUUUUUGCCAGAUCAAUUCCACCCUUUUUCCAGUGCCCGGCAUGGGAAUCAAACCGGCCACCUUUUGGCUACAGGUCCAACUCCUUAGCUGCUGGGCUACUUACUGCCGCUACAUGCUUAUACUGUAGGAGAAAGGUUAAUUACACGCUUAUACUGCAGGACAAAUCUUCAGUGUUUCUGUUCAUUUCUCCGUUACAGCGUCUGAAUGAGGCCAGGCGAAUGAUGGACAAGCUCAGAGCCUGUAUCGUGGCCAAUUACUAUGCCAACGCUGGGGUGCCCAAGCUCCAAGAGGUAAGGUAGCUUUAAGUCCAAUUUCUUAUAUAUAAAAAAAAAAAACUACAAAUUCUACAACUUCAUUCCCUCUCCUUUCCUACGUUUACCAGCAGGCAUCCAAAAGCGACCCGGCGGUGCUGAACCACCCGGCCAUCAAGCGUUUCCUGGAGUCACCCUCCCGCUCCUCCUCCCCUCUCAACCAGGGCUCGGACGCCCACUCCCUGGGGCCCUCGGAGUCUGAGUCCCUGUCCCAGCAGGGUGAGGGGCCGGAAAGGGACGUGGAGGGCUCCUGGAGAGAGGACAGGGGCAGGCAGGAGCGCAGGCCGGGCCGCAACACAGGGAAGGUGAGUGGACUGUGGAGUCUGAAGUAGCUUCCUCUCCCCGUCUCCUUUCCUUCAUCCGUACUGAUCUGAAAUACCUGGUCAAAUUGCUUUCACCUAUCCUGUCUUUUCAAACCUAUGCAGAUGAGGCAAAGGAGCCGAAGAGAGGGAGGCACUGUAGAUUAUUGAGAUGCACCCUUGGGAAGGCAAUCAUAUGAUGACCCUUUUGAUAAUUACUGCAGUGGUAAAAGGCUUCUGAUACACCCUCUAACAUUAAUACUAUGACUGUCUCCUUUGUUGUAGGACACGUUUGGCAUCCCAUCGUCAGGCGUACUGUCGUCAUUCGAGGGGGAGCAGAGGGUGACUUACCACACUACAGGAGAUGAGGCUUCCAGGCUCUACAUAAAGAAGACCAUCGUGGUGGGAAAUGUCUCCAAGUACGUGACUGAUAUUAUCAAUGAGUUUUUCAGUUUUUUACUCAGUAGAAUCUGAGAGCUUUUCAAGGCAGUGAUCCCAUUCUUUUUGCUGACACUGUGAACUUUCUUAAGCAUUUCACAAUACAUCUAGUCCUUUGUGACAGAUAUAAACAGCAGCAGUGUGUUGCAAGCUCUUGUAAUACAGUUGCAGGGAUGCAAACUCGUCACUUUUAGGCAAUAUAUCUCUAAAUAGGUCAUCCACGUGAAUCGUGUAGAUCCGUAAUAAAGUGUGCAGACGCAAGACUGUAUCAUCCAUUGAGCUAUAAAAGAGAGGCGCGAACAGAUCUUCUCCCGUGUGAUCACUAAAUAUAAAGGUGUAUCUUUCUGAGAUCGAAAUGUAUGACUGAGCACAGAAUGCAUCACUACGCGUUCUACAAAUACAAUAUCAGAGUUUAGAGUGUGAUGUCAGAUAUUUCAUAUCAGAAUGUUUUAUCCAAUAUCACCUGUGAUAGCUGUGAGCAGCCAUCCGCAUCCCCUAACCAGCCAUUAGCCUACUCAGCUGCUUCUGUCUGUUUUUUCUGCGCAUCUCCAUCAGUUUUUAAAUGUUAUUUAGCCGUGAUGGCAUACAGGGGUGUGCAGACAGUAAUGCAUUUUCUGUUACAUUUGUUUAAUUAUUGGAGUGGCUCGCAGCGCAGUAUCUUUUAAUUUAGCCUGGAAGAGCAAGCAGGCCAGUUGGACUAGGCUGAAUGCCACUGCCAUAGAGGAAAAACGGAGCACCGUGACAGUCAUGAUUGCGCCUUUACAUCACUGAAAACCGCAAGUUUCUAACCCAAACUACCGAAGUGACCUUCUCCCCUUUCUACCACGAAUUGGCGCAAAUUUUAUAAACCAUGUCGCGGGCCGCAAGUUUUUGGUUUGAUAACAAACAACCUUGUUUAGUCAUGUUUAAUUUGUUGGCUUUGCACAAAUUUGGAUGGCACAGGAUAAAUUCAAAGAGAUGCUUCAAAGGUAGGAUGCAUAUGCCUUAUCAAUGUAAUUCUAAGCUAAACCUGAAUAAAAAAUUUAUAUAUUUUUCUGGUGUUCCUUAAAUACUGUUUGGUGCCUAACUUUUGGGAGCAGAGUGUGUUUUUGUGUGUGAGACGGAAUGAGAGAGUGGUGUAUGUGAGAGAGAGGAAGAGGAUGUGUGUGGGAGAGGGAGUAAGUGAUUGAGCGAGAUGUGUGAGGAAGGGAGGGAGUGUGUGGCUAUGUGUGUGAGUUGUCUGAAGAGUAGGCUAACGAUGGUUUCGCAUAGGCCUAGUGUGUUUUCUCCUUACUGCCACAAUGAAAAUGCAGACCAUUAUGCAUUUAUAUUCCUCCUGCCCAAUCACAGGUAGGCCUUUGGAUAUAAGCAAAUCUACUAUUUUCUGCAUUGUAUACAGUAAAUUAUACAGUAAAACGUGUGAGGGGGGGGGGGGGGGGGGGGGGGGGGGGGGGGGGGGCAAACCCUGUGGUAUCACAAUACUACUCGCUUGGCAUCUCAUUGUUAGUGAAAUGUUGGUAUUGUGACAACCCCACUCUGAAAAUUGGCAUGUUUUUGUGCAGUUUACAUCUUUUUUGCGUGUUUCCAUGCAGGAAAAUGUUCUCACCUUUUUGGGCCCUCACCAGUUUGCCUCCCUGCAGUUGGGUUUCUCAGUAGGCACUCAGCACACCUUGUUUUUGUUCCCUCUCACUACAGUAAGCAGUUGGGUAACUGGGUGCAUGUCAUGCAAGCCCAGUCUUGAUACAGAACUCUGUGUCCUGAUCACUGACAUGUGUUCCCCCUGGAUCACAAGCCUGUGUUUAGGGGUUGAAGGGAGACACUACUAGAACACAACAAGUAGGCUUGCAUGUCAUAACAGUGACAUUAAACAGUAAUUAUUACUUAUGUCCCCUGACUUAACAAAGUAGCUACACUCCCUAUCUGCAAAAGCUUUAUCGUGUACUAGCACCUUACUUUACUCUAUGAAAUGUAUUUGGAAUUGUAUAUAUAUAUAUAUAUACAGUGGGGAGAACAAGUAUUUGAUACACUGCCGAUUUUGCAGGUUUUCCUACUUACAAAGCAUGUAGAGGUCUGUAAUUUUUAUCAUAGGUACACUUCAACUGUGAGAGACGGAAUCUAAAACAAAAAUCCAGAAAAUCACAUUGUAUGAUUUUUAAGUAAUUAAUUUGCAUUUUAUUGCAUGAAAUAAGUAUUUUAUCACCUACCAACCAGUAAGAAUUCCAGCUCUCACAGACCUGUUAGUUUUUCUUUAAGAAGCCCUCCUGUUCUCCACUCAUUACCUGUAUUAACUGCACCUGUUUGAACUCGUUACCUGUAUAAAAGACACCUGUCCACACACUCAAUCAAACAGAACAAAUACUUGUUCUCCCCACUGUAUAUACUCUAUCAGUCAAAAGUUUGGACACACCUACUCAUUCAAGUUUUUUUUUUUUACAUUGUAGAACAAUAGUGACGACAUCAAAACUAUGAAAUAACACAUAUGGAAUCAUGUAGUAAACCAAAAAGGGUUAAACAAAUCAAAAUAUAUUUUAUAGUUGAGAUUCUUCAAAUAACCACCCUUUGCCUUGAUGCAGUUGCAAUAACCAUCAAGAGCUAUGAUGAAACUGGCUCUCAUGAGGACCGCCACAGGAAUGGAAGACCCAGACUUACCUCUGCUGCAGAGGAUAAGUUCAUUAGAGUUACCAGCCUCAGAAAUUGCAGCCCAAAUAAAUGCUUCACAGAGUUCAAGUAACAGACACAUCUCAACAUCAACUGUUCAGAGGAGACUGUGUGAAUAAGGCCUUCAUGGUCAAAUUGCUGCAAAAAAAACACUACUAAAGGACACCAAUAAGAAGAAGAGACUUGCUUGGGCCAAGAAACAUGCGCAAUGGACAUUAGAACGGUGGAAAUGUGUCCUUUGGUCUGGAGUCCAAAUUUGAGAUUUUUGGUUCAAACCGCCGUGUCUUUGUGAGACGCGGUGUGGGUGAACGGAUGAUCUCCGCAUGUGUAGUUCCCAACGUAAAGCAUGGAGGAGGAGGUGUUAUGGUGUGGGGGUGCUUUGCUGGUGACACUGUCUGUGAUUUAUUUAGAAUUCAAGGCACACUUAACCAGCAUGGCUACCACAUCAUUCUGCAGCGAUAUGCCGUCCCAUCUGGUUUGGGCUUAGUGGGACUAUAAUAUGUUUUUCAACACACCUCCAGGCUGUGUAAGGGCUAUUUUACCAAGAAAUGGAGUGCUGCAUCAGAUGACCUGGCAUCCACAAUCCCCCUACCUCAACCCAAUUGAGAUGGUUUGGGAUGAGUCGGACGGCAGAGUGAAGGAAAAGCAGCCAACAAGUGCUCAGCAUAUGUGGGAACUCCUUCAAGACUGUUUGAAAGUAUUCCAGGUGAAGCUGGUUGAGAGAAUGCCAAGAGUGUGCAAAGCUUUCAUAAAGGGAAAGGGUGGCUAUUGGAAGAAUCUCAAAUAUAAAAUAUAUUUUCAUUUGUUUAACACUUUUUUGGUUACUACAUGAUUCCAAAUGUGUUAUUUCAUAGUUUUGACGUCUUUACUAUUAUUCUACAAUGUAGAAAAUAGUAAAAAUAAAGAAAACCCUUGAAUGAGUAGGUGUGUCCAAACUUUUGACUGGUACUGUGUAUAUAUAUAUAUAUAUAUAUAUAGAUAGAUAGAUACUUAGCUUGGAGUCAUUAAAACUCGUUUUUCAACCACUCCACAAAUUUCUUUUUAAUAAAGUUUUGGCAAGUCGGUUAGGACAUCUACUUCGUGCAUGACACAAGUAAUUUUUCCAACAAUUGUUUACAGACAGAUUAUUUCACUUAUAAUUCACUUUAUCACAAUUCCAGUGGGUCAGAAGUUUACAUACACUAAGUUGACUGUGCCUUUAAACAGCUUGGAAAAUUCCAGAAAAUGAUGUCAUGGCUUUAGAAGCUUCUGAUAGGCUAAUUGACAUAAUUUGAAUCAAUUGGAGGUGUACCUGUGGAUGUAUUUCAAGGCCUACCUUCAAACUCAGCGCCUCUUUGCUUGACAUCAUGGGAAAAUCAAAAUAAAUCAACCAAAAUAAUUGUAGACCUCCACAAGUCUGGUUCAUCCUUGGGAGCAAUUUCCAAAUGCCUGUAGGUACCACGUUCAUCUGUACAAACAAUAGUACGCAAGUAUAAACACCAUGGGACCACGCAGCCAUCAUACUGCUCAGGAAGGAGACACGUUCUGUCUCCUAGAGAUGAACGUACUUUGGUGCGAAUAGUGCAAAUCAAUCCCAGAACAACAGCAAUGGACCUUGUGAAGAUGCUGGAGGAAACAGGUACAAAAGUAUUUAUAUCCACAGUAAAACGAGUCCUAUACAUCGACAUAACCUGAAAGGCCGCUCAGCAAGGAAGAAGCCACUGCUCCCAAACCGCCUUAAAAAAGCCAGACUACGGUUUGCAACUGCACAUGGAGACAAAGAUCGUACUUUUUGGAGAAAUGUCCUCUGGUGAAACAAAAAUGGAACUGUUUGGCCAUAAUGAUCAUCGUUAUGUUUGGAGGGAAAAGGGGUUGGCUUGCAAGCCGAAGAACACCAUCCCAAACGUGAAGCACGGGGGUGGUAGCAUCAUGCUGUGGGGGUGCUUUGCUGCAGGAGGGACUGGUGCACUUCACAAAAUAGAUGGCAUCAUGAGGAAGGAAAAUUAUGUGGAUAUAUUGAAGCAAUAUCUCAAGACAUCAGUCAGGAAGUUAAAGCUUGGUCGCAAAUGGCUCUUCCAAAUGGACCAUGACCCCAAGUAUACUUCCAAAGUUGUGGCAAAAUGGCUUAAGGACAACAAAGUCAAGGUAUUGGAGUGGCCAUCACAAAGCCCUGACCUCAAUCCUAUAGAAAAUAUGUGGGCAGAACUGAAAAAGCGUGUGCGAGCAAGGAGGCCUACAAACCUGACUCAGUUACACCAGCUCUGCCAGGAGGAAUGGGCCAAAAUUCACCCAGAUUAUUUUGAGAAGCUUGUGGAAGGCUACCCGAAACAUUUGACCCAAGUUAAACAAUUUAAAGGCAGUGUUACCAAAUACUAAUUGAGUAUAUGUAAACUUCUGACCCUCUGGGAAUGUGAUGAAAGAAAUAAAAGCUGAAAUAAAUCAUUCUCUCUACUAUUAUUCUGACAUUUCACAUUCUUAAAAUAAAGUGGUGAUCCUAACUGACCUAAGACAGGGAAUUCUUACUAGGAUUAAAUGUCAGGAAUUGUGAAAAACUGAGUUUAAAUGUAUUUGGCGAAGGUGUAUGUUAACUUCUGACUUCAACUGUGUGUAUAUAUAUAUAUAUAUAUAUAUAUAUAUAUAUAUAUAUAUAUAUAUAUAUAUAUAUAUAUAUAUAUAUAUAUAUAUAUAGCUAAGUGCUUAUUAAGUCUUUAAAGGUUUAAGUGCACUGUUUUUUCUCUGGGUCCCAUUAACACGAUAAAAAAAGAAAGAAAAAAAGCUGUUUAAUUGUCACAUACACCGGCAGGGUUCGGGGUUGCACAGCAUAAUAGUUAGACACAUAUGCGAGGAAAAUGGUCGCACUGUAGAGCCCUGACCGGAUAGGUUUAGUGAAAUGUUUUUUUUUUUACAGGGUCAGCCAUAGUAGUAAGGCGCCACUGGAGAAAAUGUGGGUUAGGUGCCUUGCUCAAGGGCACAUCGACAGAUUUUUCACCUUGUCGGCUCGGGUAGUCAAACUAGUGACUUUUUGUUACUGGCCCAACGCUCUAACUGCUAGGCUACAUGCCGCCCAGGGAGUAGAGAGAACUGGCUGAGCUCCAGCUUGUCUUUCUAUCUCCUCCUCUCCCCCUGCAAGGCAGCUCCCUCUCUUUCUCCCUCUCUCCUCCCCUCCAUCUGUCAAUCCGAGGUAAACAAACAGAACCAGGGCACUAGUGCACAGUGACUGACAGCUCUGCUAGACAUGUCUCUCGCAGUUUCUUUCUUUCCCUCUUUGUGUUUUCUUUGUUUUUCACACUCUACUGUUCUCUCUUUCUCUCGCUCUUUCUCCCCCUGUCCCCCAACUUAUCUCUCCUUCUUCUUCCCCUUCUCCCUACUCUUGCUUUCUCUUGCUCCUUUCUCCCAAUAUCUUUGGUGGUCCUAUGUGGCUCAGUUGGUAAGAAUGUGGCACUAGUAAUGCCAGGGUCCUGGGGCCACAUAUACAAAGAUGAAUGCCUUUCCUACAUAAAAACGUCUGCUAAAUUGCUAAAAUAUAUUAUCUCCCUCCUGUCUCCCAGGUAUAUCCCUCCUGAUAAGCGGGAGGAGAAUGACCAGUCAACCCACAAGUGGAUGGUGUACGUCAGAGGCUCCAGAAGAGAGCCCAGCAUCGAUCACUUUGUCAAGAAAGUCUGGUUUUUCCUGCACCCCAGCUACAAGCCCAAUGACCUGGUGGAAGUCAGGUGUGUGUGUGUGUGUGCACGCACAUGUUUGUGUGCGCACGUGUCUGUACUUUGGAGGUAGGGCUCGUCUUGUUGUUGAAUAGAUCACUGGGGUGUUGUUUUUAAAUGCAGGCCUCAGGCAACAGCAGACAGAUUGAGACUCUCUGAGCAACAUGUUUUGAUCUGAUGAGAUAUGACAGGGAGGGGCAACUUUGAUGGGGUGGGGGGCAACAAAAAAUCUGAACUCAUCAUGAGGGGCCGCAGUGGCAUGCGGGUCUGUGUACCCACAUCCACACCCACACAUGCAGUCAGAGACGGCCCCAAAGCAAAAACAUUUUGGGGGCCCCCAUCCACCUUGCGAGCAAAAUAUCUUAGCCCCCCCCACCCCCUUGUCAGCGGCGUGAGUUAAUUUCCUGCAAUUCUGCACAUUUUGCCAUGGGGUGGAGAGAACAUUUUGCAGUUUUAAAGCAAGUUUGCUGCAAUUCUACACAUUUUGCCAUGGUGCGGAAAUGUUUGCAGUUUUUAAGCUUAUUUCCUGCAAUUCUACACGUUACCCUGACUUAUGCCGUGUUAAUAGGAUAUCUGAGUCAGAGUGAUUAACUAAAUCAAUGGGGGCCCCCUGGAGGUCAGGGCCCCUGGACACGUGCCCUGCAUACCCGGUCGGUAAUUUGACCAUGAUUUCUAGUUGUCUGCGAAAUGGCAUAUUAUUAUUAUUAUAUUAUAGUUUAGAUAGCUGGCUAGACUAAUUUAGCAAUCUAAAAAAAGGUUAGCUGACAUGGGCUAAUUGAGUGACUGCUGAUGCACAGCCAAAUUUCUAAAUGACACCUUGUGUAUUCUACUAUUCUAGCUUUCAACAGUAAGUUGAGACCCCGAAUGAGUACCUUUUUAUUUAUUAUUAAUUUGGGCAGCCAGUUGCCCAACCCUGAGCUACGAUGUAGUGUUGCCCAUGUUUACACCAUUUCCAUUUCAUAUUAUAGGUCAACAAAAGUUUUCUGAACAACUUCUGUUUGGCCAGACAAAGAUGUAGGCAUAGCUAGUGCAGAUGUAGGCCUAUCUAGUGUUAGACCAGGGUUUUUUCUUGAUCAAAAAGGGGCUUAGGUGGUGGGUGUGGCAGGGGGCGUGGUCAGUGUGGCUGAAUUUUAGAGAAACAUUUCUCAAAUUUCUCCAUUGAGCUGUGAGAAAUCUUUGCAGUUUUAAAGCAAAUUUCUUGCAAUUCUACACAUUUUGCCAUGCAUGUGUGAGAAAAUGUUGCAGUUUUAAUGGAAAUGUCAUGCAGUUCUACAUAUUCUGACAUGGAGCUGAGUGAACAUGCAGUUUUAAAGGUAAUUUCCUGCAAUUCUAUACAUUUUGCUCAAACAUAAUAACAAAAUACAGUGCUUUCGGAAAGUAUUCAGACUCCUUGACUUUUUCCACAGCCUUAUUCAAUACUCCAUAAUGGCAAAGCAAAAAUAAAAACCUGAUAUCAAAUUUACAUAAGUAUUCAGACCCUUACUCAGUACUUUGUUGAAGAACCUUUGGCAGCGAUUACAGCCUUGAGUCUUCUUGGGUAUGACGCUACAAGCUUGGCACACCUGUAUUUGGGGAGAUUCUCCCAUUCUUCUCUGCAGAUCCUCUCAAGCUCUGUCAGGUUGGAUUGGGAGCGUCACUGCACAGCUAUUUUCAGGUCUCUCCAGAGAUGUUCGAUCGGGUUCAAGUCCGGACUUUGGCUGGGCCACUCAAGGACAUUCAGAGACUUGUCCCAAAACCACUCCUGCGUUGUCUUGGCUGUGUGCUUAGGGUCGUUGUCCUGUUGGAAGGUGAACCUUCGCCCCAGUCUGAGGUCCUGAGAGCUCUGGAGCAGGUUUUCAUCAAGGAUCUCGCUGUACUUUGCUCCGUUCAUCUUUCCCUCGAUCCUGACUAGUCUCCCAGUCCCUGCCGCUGAAAAACAUCCCCACAGCAUGAUGCUGCCACCACCAUGCUUCACCGUAGGGAUGGUGCCAGGUUUUCUCCAGACGUGACGCUUGGAAUUCAGGCCAAAGAGUUCAAUCUUGGUUUCUUUAGCCCAUAGAUUCUUGUUUCUCAUGGUCUUGAGAGUCCGUUAGGUGCCUUUUGGCAAUCUCCAAGCGGGCUGUCAUGUGCCUUUUACUGAGGAGUGGCUUCCAUCUGGCCACUCUACCAUAAAGGCCUGAUUGGUGGACUGCUGCAGAGAUGGUUGUCCUUCUGGAAGGUUCUCCCAUCUCCACAGAGGAACUCUGGAUCUCUGUCAGAGUGACCAUCGGGAUCUUGGUCACCUCCCUGACCAAGGCCCUUCUCCCCCGAUUGCUCUGUUUGGCCGGGCGACCAGCUCUAGGAAAAGUCUUGGUGGUUCCAAACUUCUUCCAUUUAAGAAUGAUGGAGGCCACUGUGUUCUUGGGGAGCUUCAAUGCUGCAGAAAUGUUUUGGUACCCUUCCCCAGAUCUGUGCCUCGACACAAUCCUGUCUCUGAGCUCUACGGACAAUUCCUUCAACCUCAUUGCUUGGUUUUUGCUCUGACGUGCACUGUCAACUGUGAGACCUUAUAUAGACAGGUGUGUGCCUUUCCAAAUCAUGUCCAAUCAAUUGAAUUUACCACAGGUGGACUCCAAUCAAGUUGUAGAAACAACUCAAGGAUAAUCAAUUGAAACAGGAUGUACCUGAGCUCAAUUUCGAGUCUCAUAGCAAAGGGUCUGAAUAAUUAUAUAAAUAAGGUAUUUCCUUUUUUCUUUUUCUUUUCUGCAAAAAAUUGUCUACCUGUUUUCGCUUUGUCAUUAUUGGGUAUUGUGUGUAGAUUGCUGAGGAUUUUGUAUUUAUUUAAUCAAUUUUAGAAUAAGGUUGUAACGUAACAAAAUGUGUAAAACGUCAGGUGGUCUGAAUACUUUCCGAAUGCACUGUAUAUACUGCUAAAUUCAUUAUUUUUGGAAUUUUCAAUUCUCCCUCACUGUGUAGCUUUUAUUUUGGUGAUUAUUAUUUCUCAAAGAUUAUAUAAUAUAAAUAUAUAGGUCCAUUAUCUUUUCUACAAUAUCCGGUUUUAGACAUUUUCCAUCCCAAUUUAUUUUGUAUUUUGUAUUAUUCUUUUACAGUUUGGACUUAGGCAACCUGAAAAAACGCUAAGGCGGCACGCUCAAGGAUUUCAAUAGCAGAAAAAUCUCUGUUAGAUUGGUUGAGUAGUAAACACUAGAGGUGUUCACGGGUCCACCCAAACUCGAAAAACCAAGACCCGACCCGUGACCUAUAAUUCUAACUUUUUGCUCCGGUCUGUUUUGUUUGUCAUCGGGUCUCGGGUCUAUGUAACUACAGCUGAGAGACGUGAGUGGACCCGAAUGGACCCGUCCACGGCUCUUCAUAGCCUAUAGCAGCCAAACUCAACUGGCGGACCGGGGUCCGGGACGGACCCAGAGAAGGGUUAACCCAGACCGCAUUUUGUUAUAUAAAAGUCAAUACAUUAUUUUUAGACAGCUUUUUAAAAAAUCUACCGGGCGCUGCGGCCUCUUUAUUUCAGCAACCUCUCUUUCUCGCUCUCUCUCAAAGCAACGCCCACCUCUACUAGUGCCCUGUCUUACCCAAUGACAUUAAUCCAAAUAUCACAUUCAACUGUAAAUAUCACAGAUAGGAGCUUAGUUACCAGUAUCUUUGUUAAUAUGGCUUGUAAAAAAAAAAAAAAAAAAGUUUAUUCUGAAAACCGUAUAUUCAAAGACGAGUGGACGGAACAGUAUUUAUUCAUUCUCCCUGCAACUAGCACAGAACCAAUAUGCCUGAUAUCCAGUGAGUCCGUAGCUCUCGUGAAAAGUGCCAAUGUUAAGCGCCAUUAUGACACCAGGCAUAGUAAAUUCGAUCAGACGUAUCCCCUGAACAAGGAGGUGAGAACGAACAAGAAUAACCAACUCAAAUCCCAAUAUGAGAGGUCCACCAAAGUCCUUGUCAGUUCUCUGACAGCCCAACAAUGUGCAAUGGAGUGUUCACUGAGGAUAGCUUUGGUUUUGGGAAAACACAAAAAAAACAUUUUCAGACGCUGAGAUGGUAAAAUAAUGCAUGUGUGAAGUUGCUGACACCUUGCUUGAAGGUAAACAAAAAGAUGAACUCAGGGAAAAGAUCAAGCAGAUCCCACUGUCAGAUUCCACAGCAAUGAGGAGAACGGAAAUAUUAGCUGAAGAUUUAACUUCCCAACCUUUUAUUUUUUAUUUUUACGUUUUUAUUUAUUUAACCUUUAUUUAACCAGGUAAGCCAGUUGAGAACAAGUUCUCAUUUACAACUGUGACCUGGCCAAGAUAAAGCAACAACACAACUUGAUGAGGCCAUUCAGAAUGUACCAUGCAUUUCAUUAGCUGUGGAUGAAUCAACAGAUAACGCUGAUACUGCCCAGCUUCCGGUGUUGGUCAGAUUUUAUAACGAAACAAAGAAAGAAUUCUGUGAGGAGCUGUUGGGUUUAACAAAUCUAGAAGCGCACACACAGGGAGAGGAUAUCCAUGAGACCAUCAAAGGGAUGAUGACAAAAAGGGGGAUAGAUCUGAAGUCAGUGGUCUCCAUCAACACAGAUGGAGCUCCAGCCAUGAUAGGAAGAGGGAGGGCACUGGUUGCACGUUUGAAAGAGGACCACCCUGACCUGACAUCAUAUCGCUGCAUCAUCCAUCAAUCUGUCCUGUGUGCCAGUCUGGGAAAAGAGUAUUCUGAGGUCAAGACAACGAUGAUGAAACUGUUCAACUUUUGAGAGGAACAUCAUCCCUACAACACCGCCUGCUACGAGGCAUUGUAGCAGAGGCCAAUGCCAGUUUUGAUGACUUACUACUGCACAACAAUGUCAGAUGGUUCAGCAAAGGCAGGGUUUUGGAACGCUUUUGGGCCAUUCAGGAGGAAAUCAAAUUUUCUUAUCAGAGGAAAUGAGUGAUAAGGCAACUCAGUUUUUGGAAGAUGAGAAGCUGGAAACAGUUAGAAUUUUUGACAGACAUUACAUCACACCUUAAUCAACUGAAUGUUAAGCUGCAGGGACGGGACAACACAGCUUUUUAAGAAUGAUCUCCAGGGCGAACUUGUCCACUUCCCCAAUCUUCUGGUGCAAAUGCAGGGAGACAAAGGUGUUCCCAACCAUGUUGAUUCCAUCCAGAAGUUGAUGGAUAACUUCAAGGCUCGCUUUGAUGACUUCACUGUUGGAAGAGAACUGCUGCUGCUCAUCCAGAACCCCUUCUUGGUCACAAACUUGACAAAGUUGUCAGAAGAAGUAAAACAGGUCUUCAGAUGGGUAGAUGUUACAUCACUGCAAAUGGAGUUGUUUGAGCUGCAAGAAAAUGUGGCUAUGAAGGAACAGGCUGGUGAUUGUGACCCUGUCCCUUUCUGGGGAAAGAUGGUGCCUGCAUCUGAUGUCUCUCUUCUCAAGAAACUGGCGCUAUACAUCCUGACCAUGUUUGGCUCCACAUACAGCUGUGAAUCAGCCUUCUCUACAAUGAACUUUAUUAAAAACAAAUAUCGCACCAAUGAACACCUGCACCAUUUGUGCCAAAGUUCAAAGCAUUGGCAGGAGACAGAAAGUGUAAUGUCUCUCAUUAAUGCAGGGCAAGGCCCAGAGUGACUUAUACACAAAUAUUGUAUGGCCCACAGUGACGUUCUGUGCAUUCAGAUUAUUUUUGUUCAACUCUCCUUUGUUCCCCAGAAAACAUGCAUUUUAUUUUAUUUAAAUAUAUAUAUUUUUUUAUUCUAUGCCAAUUACACUUUCUGAAGACAUGUUCACAGUGCACUUUUUGCAUAGACAAUUAUGCAACCACUUUUGUUCUUCAGCAAUGUUGACGCAAUGUUGCACAUGUUUACAUUCGAAAGAAGUUGUAAUUAAUUCAAAUUCUUAUUCUCAUUUAAUUUAUUGAAUGUACAUUUUAUAUAACAACAUGUUUGUUACUACGCUGUACCACAGCGCCGAUAAAGGACGAUAUCCAUCCGGAAAUUUGCCACCUAGGAAAUUUGUGUCACUGGACAUAUAAAACAUAUCCAAUACCUAUUCGUUAUCCAGAAAAUAAACUUGACUGAUAAUCAUAUUUUUUUGGUCAGGGUAUGGGUUGGGUCUAGGUCUGGUUAUCGUCGGGUCUGAUUGUUCUCGGGUCCUGAUCCCCCUUUUUUUUUAAUGAUCGGUCCAUUCGGGUCCGGAUCUGAUUGUCCUCGGGUCUGGUCAGUUCUGGGUCCAGCUUUUUGGACCCGAGAAGACCAGAGUGUACACCUUGAUAAAGGCAUCAGCAUGCUUCAGUUCGGCUGGAACCUAGCCAAACUCGGCUAGGUGAACCGAACGAGUGUGCUUGCAUACUCCCUUAAAAGACUUUAGCUUGAAAAAUGAGAAAAAACAACAAUUGUACUGUUUGUCAAUUUUUUUUCAAAAUAGUCAGAAUGAAUCUAAGAUAACUCAAGAAAUCUGCUUUUCAUUUUGACGUUUUUGCCAAGGAGAUCUUAGUCGCGUGAUUUUACAUCUAACUAAGAUGUUUGGUGCAGUAUUUCUCAAUGGAAAAAUUUGCAUGAAAACGACUCAUCUCUCGUUGAAUGACAAAGAUUUUACUGAAGAAUCCCUACUGUUGACCAAUCAACGACGAAGGGGCGUAGACUUCAGCUUCCGACUUCGGCUUGCCUCAAGACAUUUAUUUGUGCCCGAACAGCCGAAAAAACCCUUGCCGAAGUACAAAACGAACAAAAACGUCACAAAAUGUCUUCAUAAUACUGUAUAUGCACUCUUCAGAACUAUUCUGCUGGGAAGCAUGUGGACAUCUUAACACUCCCAUCAUAGUAAACAAACUGAAAUGCCUUGGAGUAAUAGUGCCCCCAUGUGGACAUGAGACAAAGCACCGACGAAACCUAAAGUGUGUGUUUCAGGUGUGUCAGGGGGCUCUGUGUAGAAGUUGCCCCUAGACACUGAUCUAAGACCAGCUUGCUCUUUGGGUUUUGUGGCGGGAAAGCUGAUCCUAGACCUGUGCCUAAGGGAAACUUCUACACAGAGCCCCCUGACACCCCUGAAACAUACAUUUUAGUUCCUAUGAUUUGUGUGAGCAGUCUGAGUCAGAACAGGAGUCAACAGUACACAUGAGUCAUGACUAACCGUGCUGACACACCCUUCACCUACAGACUGUGUAAUCACUUAGAAAGACUAAUAUCUUAUACCUCAGAAUACCUCAGGCCCCGUAAUGCUUAGAGCCCUGACACGGCAUGCAGGUUGAUUCUAGUUUACAUCCCCAUACUGAAUCAGAGUAUCAGACAGUGUUUAAAAAAAAAUCCUCCUCUGGCUGUUUUUAGCUGACGAGACGCAAUGGUUUUGAGUAACCCCGAUAGAUGCAUCCCGACUGACUGACAGAGGAGUCAAACUCACUGAACCCCACAGAGACGUAGCUAAAGCUCUUUGCUGAUUCUGACACAUCUAAGGUCUUCAAGUGUGGGAAUAACUCAAGUGUACACGCGCACACACACAGUCAGCUUAGCCUCUGGGCCACAAGGAUGAGAACCGCAGGCUUCAAAGAGAGAGGAGAUGAGAGAGAGAGCCUCCAUUGAUUUUGGGGGAGAAUGUCUACAAAGAUGACUGAGUCAGAGUAUAGGGAGAGAUGGGAUACUUUCUCUGACUGACUGUAUUAAAUUCUUAAAGGGGUUGUUAUGAUGUUGUUUUCAUGGAUGAUGUUUAUUCUAAACCAAGGUGUGUGUGUGUCAUAAAGAAUUGAAAAUGUGUUUGUCCCUGAUCUAUGUGUGUGUGUUGUCAUGACUGUUGUUAGUGAGCCUCCGUUCCACCUGACACGUCGUGGCUGGGGGGAGUUCCCUGUCCGCAUCCAGAUCCACUUCAAAGACCCCCGCAACAAACGCAUAGACAUCAUACACCACCUCAAGGUCCGAUUUGUAGAUUCAUUACAACUUUAUUUGCACUGGAAAUGCAUGUUUCGUUCACAGAGGAGCACUGAAGCUGUUCUCUGAGUCUCUUUCUUCUGUCUCUCUGCGUCACUCUGUCUUCCACUCUCUGUCUCUUUCUUUCUUCCUCAAAAGAGGACUCUUGGAUGCCAAUUAAGUGAAGUGAUUCUUUAAAGUUGUAUAAGUCUAGCCUCUUGAGAAUGUUCUGGUUUCUCACAGGCUUUUUGAUUUCUUCAUUAGUGAGACUCACUGAUAUGGUUUAUUUUUUUUGACACAGUUUUGAAUGUUUGUUUUUUCCUCACUGUUAUUUUGUUACUCAGUCAUUCUCUGUCUCUAUGUAAAAAUACAUCAUAAAUCCUACUGUCUUUCCAUUUCUCCCUGUAGCUAGACAGAACUUACACAGGCCUGCAAACACUGGGGGCAGAAACGGUAAGUCUGUUAUUCAUUUACUAUGUUCAAACUUCUCUAUCAAAUCUACUAGCAAGACACCCGACUUACAUUUCAUGCGACCAUAGCCCCAGCAUUGAUCUCAAACUUGACUCGUUCUGUUGAAUACACCGUUUUUUUUACCACUGUGAAAUCUGACCCUUGAACUCACUCUCCACUCAGGUGGUGGAUGUCGAGCUCCACAGGAACUCCCUGGGGGACGACUAUGUGCUCUCUUCCUCCCAUGCCCACCACCACCAGCGUGCAGCCAGCCCCUCGUCACCCUCCUUCCUGCCCCAAACCCCAGGUCCCCUCUCUGGCCGCUGCAGCUCUCCACUCCCCCUCUCACAGGACAACCACCCCACCAUCGCAGAGAAAGGUGAGAUACAUGGUAGGUUGUAUUCUGUUCUACAUUCAAGUCUCCUUUUUACUCACCUGUUCUAUCAGCUAGGGAUGUGACUGAGACUUUAAACUCUAGUCAACACCAAGGUACCCCCCCACUCCCCCCUCGGGUGCACGUUUUGGUUUUUGCCAUAGCACUACACAGCUGAUUGAAAUAAUCAGAGCUUGAUGAUGAGUUGGUUAUUUGAAUCAGCUGUGUAGUGCUAGGGCAAAAAACUAAACGUGCACCCAGGGGGGACCCCAGGGCUGUAUUUGGGGAAACCCUGGUCUACACUAUAGAAGAUGUGAACUGCAGAACUGUAACUGUUUGCAUUGGAAUUAUGUCAAUUUCAUCUCCUAUUCAGUGAAUCACGACCAGCCCAAGUGGGCCAUGAUUUUCUGUCAUUUCUCUUUUUUGUUUCUUUAAAUCCUUUCCUCUGCAGGCCUAUAGUGAAUUAUUGAUGACGCUGGACUGAGAAACACUCUGCCUCUCUCUCUCUCCCUAUCUCUCUGUGCCAGGAUGAGGGUAAUUAUAAUGUAGAUUAUGCCCAGAGUGGUUUUUUAAUGGUUAUCAUCCUCUUUCUCUCUCCUCUCUCUCCCUUUCUUUCUCUUUAUCCUCCCUUUCCGUCCAGGUUUGCCCAUCAAAGCAGAGGCAGGGAGGUCUGGGGUGUACAGCGCACCCCCCUCAGCUUCAGAACGCACCCCAUCCUGGCCUAAAGUCACAGAGAAGAUCACACUGGGUUCCCAUGGCAACUCGGCCUUCCAGCCAAUCACGGCCAGCUGUAAGAUCAUCCCCCAGGGACAGGUGCCCAGCCCCUCCGAGUCCCCCGGGAAAUCCUUUCAGCCAAUCACCAUGAGCUGUAAGAUUGUGUCAGGUGACUAUCUCACAAUGGGAUCUGGCGGUAUUGGAGUGGAGGGAGGGACGGGAAGGAGUUGUUGAAUGAUUCAGUACUUUUAUUUAGAUUUUUGUUUUCAUAGUCACUCUUAGUGUCAGUGGAGACAUUUGUUUGAUUUGUUUCGUUAUUCAAUAUUUUUUGGAAGAAACUAUACGUCAAUCUCAGUUUAAAAACACUCUCUUUUUUACAUUUUACAUUUUAGUCAUUUAGCAGACGCUCUUAUCCAGAGCGACUUACAGUUAGUGAGUGCAUACAUUUUUUCAUACUGGCCCCCCGUGGGAAUCGAACCCACAACCCUGGCGUUGGAAGCGCCAUGCUCUACCAAGUGAGCUACAGGAGACCUAUAUCUUUUAAGAUUGAAAAGGUUUAAAUUUCAAAGUGCCUUAAGGAAAUCUUUAGAUCGAUUUUUGUUUAUGGGCAAUUUUUUUGGAAGAUACAGAGCUUUACAAAAAUGUGUGUUUUAAAAUGAAUAUCUUUAUAAUGAGCAUGUUUGUGAUUUUGUUUUGAUCCCAAAGGUUCACCCAUCUCCACACCCAGCCACUCGCCCCUCCCCCGUACCCACACCUCCACCCCGGUACACAACAAACAGGGCUCCUCCGUACUCAACAACCCUUACAUCAUUGUCGACAAGCCCGGCCAGGUCAUCGGCAUGGCAGCGAACUCCGGCACCUCCACAGGUAUGUUACUGCUCCGCUCUACUGCUCCACUCUUGCCCCUAGAUUCUAGACACUGAUCUAGGAACAGUUUAGCUGGUUUUCCCUAAUAGUUAAAGUUGUGAUUUGGGUUGGGUUUUUGGGUUAGCUCCUGCAGCACAAUUUAAGACUGUAUUGUAGACUCUGUGCCUCCCACACAGCACAUGAUAAUGGUGUUUUAGGCUCUCCUCAGCCACUGUAUGGCCAACACUCCCCUCCCACACACCAGCGUUACAAACACCCCAAGGCUGAAUCUAGUGCACUCUUACUUCGCUCCUCUCCUCCUCUGAUACUAAUAAACCUCCACAGUUGACUAUAUUCUCUAACGUUCCUAAACAUGAACGCUUACUGUUGUCAUUUUUACAUUUACAUUUUAGUCAUUUAGCAGACGCUCUUAUCCAGGGCGACUUACAGUUGUCCCCUCUCUCUCUCUCUCUCUCUCUCUCUCUCUUAGUCUCUCUCUCUCUCCCUCCUCCAUCUCCUUCCACUCAUAAAUCAUGACAUGUGGUGAGGCUGCAGCAUUUCGAUGGUAUGAGAGGGGCUUCCAUGGUGACAGGAAGUACUGCUGUACUGCUCUGUUCCGUGGCUCAGGGUCAGGGACAGAUUACAGGACAGUGAGGGGGGAGGGGGUUAGACAUUCAGAGAUGUGUGUGCUUGUGAGUUUGCUAUAGCCCUCGCAGGUCUACAGCAUGGGAGGCUGUGUGUGAGAUUGAGGAACUCUUUUGUGUUUGUGUUUGUGUAUAUCAGGGAUGGGUAACUUUGAUGGGGGUGGGGGACACAAAAUCUAAACUCAUCAUGAGGGGCUGCAGUGGCUCGCGGGUCUGCGUACCCACAUGCAUACCCACAUGCAUACCCACAUGCAUACCCACAUAUGCAGUCAGAGCCUAUCACUAGCCUUUUGGGGGCCCUAAAUGAAAUUAGCAUGGGGCGGAGAGAAAAAUGUGCAGUUUUACAGCAAAUGUCCUGCAAUUCUACACAUUUUACCAUAGGUGGAGAGAAAUGUUUGCAGUUUUUAAUAUGAUAUCGGAGUGAGAGUGACUAACAAUAUCAAUGGACGACCCACGGUUGGUAAUUCGACCAUGAUUACUGCAAGUUUAGAUAGCUGGCUAGACUAGCUUACCAAUCUAUUUGAGUGAAUGUCAGUGAUUGACAUAAGAGAUAAACUGCUGAUGCACAACCAAAGUUCGAAACUGUAUUAUACUAUUCUACAGUAAAUUGAGACCCCGACUGAGUUCCCCAAAAAUAUAUAUACAGUACCAGUCAAAAGUUUAGACACACCUACUCAUUCAAGGGUUUUUCUUUAUUUUUACUAUUUUCUACAUUGUAGAAUAUUAGUGAAGACAUCAAAACCAUGAAAUAACACAUAUGGAAUCAUGUAGUAACCAAAAAAGUGUUAAACAAAUCAAAAUAUAUUUUAGAUUCUUCAAAGUAGCCACCCUUUGCCUUGAUGACAGCUUUGCACACUCUUGGCAUUCUCUCAACCAGCUUCAUGAGGAAUGCUUUUCCAACAGUCUUGAAGGAGUUCCCACAUAUGCUGAGCACUUGUUGGUUGUCUUUUCCUUCACUCUGCGGUCCAACUCAUCUCAAACCAUCUCAAUUGGGUUGAGGUUGGGUGAUUGUGGAGGCCAGGUCAUCUGAUGCAGCACUCCAUCACUCUCCUUCUUGGUAAAAUAGCCCUUACAAAGCCUGGAGGUGUGUUGGGUCAUUGUCCUGUUCAAAAACAAAUGAUAGUCCCACUAAGCGCGAACCAGAUGGGAUGGCGUAUCGCUGCAGAAUGCUGUGGUAGCCAUGCUGGUUAAGUGUGCCUUGAAUUCUAAAUAAAUCACAGACAGUGUCACCAGCAAAGCACCCCCACACCAUCACACCUCCUCCAUGCUUCACGGUGGGAACCACACAUGCAGAGAUCAUCCGUUCACCUACUCUGCGUCUCACAAAGACAUGGCGGUAGGAACCAAAAAUCUCAAAUUUGGACUCAUCAGACCAAAGGACAGAUUUCUACCGCUCUAAUGUCCAUUGCUCGUGUUUCUUGGCCCAAGCAAGUCACUUCUGCUUGUUGGUGUCCUUUAGUAGUGGUUCCAUGUAUCAGUGUCAGUCUGAAGUGGAGCACAGUGAAAUCGCAUUCUCCCACUGCUGAACUUCAGCCCUUUCUAGUUCUCAUUCACAUUCCAGUCAUGUGCUCUGCUCUCCCACACAGCCUCUCCCAUAUCCCAGACAUCCACCAACGCUUAGUUUUAACUGAUCCAGGACGGGCGGAGGGGUUUAAAGUGUCCCAUGUUAUUUCAAGCUGGAGGAUUGAUGCUGAUGUGGGAGUCAGAGCUGAUUCACUAGUCUCUUAAACAAACAGACGUUUUGGUGCUGAAACUAAGGCCAUAGCUUUUAGCUUUUAGGCAAUACCUUAGUUUCUCUCUUUCUCUCAAUAGCUUAGUUUUAGUGCUGUAACCCACCUAAAGCUUUUGAAUUCAAUAUCAUUGUGAACCAGACCGAUGCCAUUACCAGGACCCAGUGUCAGGCAGUGACCAAAAUACAUUUUGAUUAAUUGAUUGAUGGCCUCUGUCUUACAGGAAGUACCACAGCCAAGCAGUUGGUUGCGGCCCAGGGCACUCGCUCUCCGGCCUCCAAGGUUCACACAGGAAGCUUCCUGUCCUCAGGGGUCAAGGUGAGUUACACAGAGGUGACAUAG